AUGAACCCCCAGUAUGGUAACCAGUACCAGGGAGGGUAUGGACAGGGUUAUGGAGUCCCAUCCGCAGGCCAGCGUCCCCCAGGACCUCCAUCAGGGGCACAGAACAUGUACAAUGGUGUUGGGAUGGGGCAGAGACCACCUGGACCUCCUGGACCAGGACAAUUUGGGAAUCCCAUGCAGACUAAGGGGGUAGUCCCUGGUCCUCCCCCAGGACAGUUUGGUCAGCCUGGCCUCAUGCAGAAUGGACCUGCCACAGGAACACAUGGACCUCAGGGAGACCAGUAUGGAAUGCCCAGGCCACUUGGUCCUGGUCAAGGUCAGUAUCAGCGCCCGAUGGGGCCAGGAGCUGCAUCAGGCUAUGGUGGACCCCCAGGACCCCCAAGAGGACCCCAGCCGGGUGCUACAAAUCAGGUCAGAGUUACUUCAGAUGUGAAAAACCUGGCUUAG